UUUUUUUUUUUUUUUUUUUUUUUUUUCUUCUCGUUCAACGGGAGUGGAUAUGUCAUUUCUUCUCCGAUUAUCCCCCUGAACACAAAGCUCCCUUCAUUUCCUCAGACGGGGAGAUUUCAAAGUGUUUGUUGAGGGCUGUCCUCUCAACAUAAGAACGGUCACUGCCCAGCUGCAGAACGAAUCCCAACUGCGGUAACCACGUCAGUCCCCCCCAAUUUCACACAUCAUGAACCCAAAAGAGCUGAGCGUGCAGAUUUCCUUCGCCGUCCCCAAAGCACAGGAGGAUCGUGACUUUUCCAAGCCUAGGAAAAGUGAAAAUGACCUCCCCCAUCUCUCACGCAACUCCUCUUUCACGAUCGUUGACCCUGAGAGCUUCAUUUCAAACCUUCCUUGGCAUAGAAGGCUAUCUGACCACCUCAAGGAGGAGGUCGAUCCCGCGUGGAGUGACCUGCUUCUGUUAGCUUGCUCGUUCGCCAGCGGAGUGAUUGAUAGCCUAGCAUUCAAAGCGUGGGGGAGCUUCGCCAGCAUGCAGACAGGCAACAUCGUCUUCCUCGCCCUGAGCGUCUCAGGGGAAGAGGCCCCCCCCACCGUCCGCUGGCCCAAAUGCCUCAUCGCCAUCGCGGCCUUCCUCCUCGGAAUCCUCUUCUUCAUCCACGGGUCCCGCCUCCUCAACCCCCUCCGCCGCUCCACCCUCAUCACCUCCUUCACCAUCCAAACCCUCGCCAUGCUCCUCGCCUCAGCCCUCGUGCAGACAGGCCUCGUGCAACAUCAACAAGCGGCGCACGGCCCGACCCCAGGCCCAGGCCCAGGCCCAGACCGCAUAGCCUGGAUGGAAAUGAUCCCCAUCUCUCUCCUAGCAUUCCAGGCCGGCGGGCAAAUCAUCACGUCCCGGCUUCUGAAAAUGGACGAAAUCCCCACCGUCGUGCUAACGACGGUUCUCUGUGAUUUGCUGAUUGAUCCGCGGCUGCUUGCGAACCCUAACGCGGCCAGGAAUCGGCGAAUCGGUUCGUUUGGUGCAUUGUUUGUGGGCGCGAUGAUCUCGGGUCUGCUAUCUAAAAAGGCAGGGGUGGCGAGCUCGUUGUGGCUGGCUACGGCGGUUAAAGGGGCCGUUACGCUUUGUUGGGUGGUAUGGAAGCCGAAAGAGAAUGGUUGGUGACGAUUGUAUGAUAUGACACGGGAUGUCGAUUGAGAUGCUUUCGCUCUGGCAUAUUAUCUGACAACGGUUUUGCGUCCAACUGGUUUAUUUCACUCUUAUCUUUACGUCGUGUUUUCUCUUAACAACCCCUGUCUUGCUCUCACCCUUGUGCUAAUCCUAUUUAGGCUUAGUGCCAGGUAGGUGGUUUGGGUGGUUGCAACUUUCGAGAUAGAUAGUAGGGACAGCUUCAAUUGCUCAAUAGUUCUUUUUACCUCACCGUCGGUUUGAAAGAUUGAAACAAAACGUGUAAUGAGUUGAGAUUGGUUGUUAGAGGCAUAACCCCCCAGAUAUGAUCUAUAUCUACAGAAAAGUUAAGGCGACGCACUCUGAAAAUUGCGAGAAAAGAAAAAAAAAAAAAAAGAAAAAAAGACAGUUACUUCCGAUACCAAAUCCUCGUAGUCCUCGACUUCACAAUGAGCUUCCUGCGCACCACCGAUAUAGCAUACAUAAGCGCCUCAGCCGUCGGAGGACAACCGGGGAGGUACACGUCCACGGGCAGCAGCCUAUCCACGCCACGUACCACACUGUAGCUGUAGUGGUAAUACCCGCCGCCGUUGGCGCAGCUGCCCAUGCUAAUCACCCACUUCGGGUCCGGCAUCUGGUCGUAGACCAGCCGCAGCGCGGGGGCCAUCUUGUUUGUCACCGUGCCCGCGACGAUCAGCAGAUCCGACUGGCGAGGCGAGGCGCGGAAGAUGGUGCCGAGCCGGUCCUGGUCGUAUCGCGGCAUGGAGACGGCCAUCAUCUCGAGCCCGCAACAUGCUAGUCCGAGUGAGAUUGGCCAGAGGGACGCUUGGCGACCCCAGUUGGCUACUGCGUCGAUGCUUCCGCUGUGGGGGGAAGAGAACGAUGGGUUAGCAUGGGAUGGGGAAUAUGAUUUUGAUAUGUUGCAGCAGAUGCAAGGCUGGGAAAUAAGGCGAUAGAGACAGUAACUAAUACAAAAGAACGUAUUUUUUUAUCUAUCCGUCUAAAACGAAUGAGGAGAGAGAGAUAGCAGUAAAAGAAAAAAAAAAAAAAAAAAAAAAAAAAAA